UUCUAACCCCUAUCCCACACACAUUCAUAAGGGGUGGUGGAGUGUUCUAGCAAAAGUGUGUAAUAUUGUUUAAAAAUUGGGUGAUUAAAGUCAUCUAAUUACGUCUACAAAAUAACUGAUAGAAAGAGAGAGAGAGAAAAAAAAUCUCAUAAUCAUACUUUGCUUUCAGUGACUCUCAAAGGAAACAAUGACAAGCAAUGAAGGAGAAGGUAGUACUCAGGAAGCUUAUUCAGGGUUUCCUCGUGUCGCUCUGAAUGAAAGAAUCCUUUCCUCCAUGACCCGACGAUCUGUGGCUGCUCAUCCCUGGCAUGAUCUGGAGAUUGGACCUGGCGCUCCUACAAUUUUCAACUGUGUUGUGGAGAUAAGCAAAGGGAGCAAAGUCAAGUAUGAGUUGGACAAGACAACUGGGUUGAUUAAAGUUGAUCGGGUUCUUUACUCAUCAGUUGUUUACCCACACAAUUAUGGUUUCAUCCCACGUACCCUUUGUGAGGACAGUGAUCCUAUGGAUGUGCUUGUACUGAUGCAGGAGCCUAUACUUCCAGGUUCUUUCCUUCGAGCUCGGGCUAUUGGACUCAUGCCUAUGAUUGAUCAGGGUGAGAAAGAUGACAAGAUUAUAGCAGUGUGUGCCGAUGAUCCUGAAUUCCGUCACUACACAGAGCUCAAUGAACUUCCUCCUCACCGCCUUGCUGAAAUCCGUCGUUUUUUUGAAGACUACAAGAAGAAUGAGAAUAAGAGUGUUGCAGUGAAUGAUUUUCUGCCAGCUGCAGAUGCAAUUGCUGCCAUCAAAUAUUCAAUGGAUCUCUAUGCAUCGUACAUUGUUGAGGGCUUGAGGCAGUAAGGCACACAAGAGUUACGGUUGUUAUUGUUAACAGCAUUAAUGCUUCAUAAGUAGAGGCUGAACACUGAUGAAUUGCAUUCUAACUGGCGGCUUGUGUCUCCGUAGUUAAAUGCUCCAAGUCUCUGGAUAUGAUAACAAUGAUAAAUAGAUUGUGUUCAUGUUUUAUUUGACAGGCAUGUAGCCAAUCUGGAAUUCUUAGUGCUGAUUUUGAAAUAAAAUCUGGCACGCAGAUCUUGAUCUGUCGUACUCUA